UCUUUGAUGAAUAUCUGAAGAUUGCUGGGAAGCCCAUUGAGAGGAGCAUCCGGGGAGAGCUCUCUGGUGACUUUGAGAAGCUGAUGUUGGCCGUGGUGAAAUGCAUCAGAAGCAAAGCAGAGUAUUUUGCUGAAAGGCUCUACAAGGCCAUGAAGGGUCUGGGCACGAGAGACAACACGCUGAUCCGCAUCAUGGUGUCCCGCAGCGAGAUCGACAUGCUGGACAUCCGGGAGGUGUUCAGGACCAAGUAUGAGAAAUCUCUCUACAACAUGAUAAAGGAGGACACGUCUGGGGAGUACAAGAAGGCUCUGCUGAAGCUGUGCGGAGGGGAUGAUGAUGCUGCAGGUGAGUUCUUCCCCGAGGCGGCGCAGGUGGCCUAUCGGAUGUGGGAGCUUAGUGCGGUCAAAGUAGAGCUGCGAGGAACCGUGCAGCCUGCAGGAGACUUCAACGAUGAUGGGGACGCGCAGGUGCUGAGGAAGGCAAUGAAGGGCCUGGGCACGGACGAAGGGGCCAUCAUAGAGGUGGUGACCAGGAGGAGCAACGCCCAGAGGCAACAGAUCCUAAAGGCUUACAAGGCUCAUUAUGGCAGGGACCUGAUGGCAGACCUGAAAUCCGAACUGUCUGGCAGCUUGGCCAAGCUGAUCCUUGGGCUGAUGCUGACACCGGCCCAGUAUGAUGCCAAGCAGCUGAGGAAGGCCGUGGAGGGGGCCGGCACAGAUGAGAGCGUCCUCAUCGAAAUCAUGGCCACGCGGAACAACCAGGAGAUCAGGGCUAUCAACGAGGCCUAUCAGGAAGCCUACCACAAGACCCUGGAAAGUGACCUGAGCGGUGACACAUCAGGGCAUUUCAAGAGGAUUCUCGUCUCCCUGGCUCUGGGCAACCGUGAUGAAGGACCAGAGAACCAAACGCAGGCACACGAAGAUGCCAAGGUUGUUGCUGAGACCCUGAAACUUGCUGAUGUCUCCAGCAAUGACUCCAGUGACUCCCUGGAGACGCGAUUCCUCAGCAUCCUCUGCACCCGCAGCUACCCCCACCUCCGCAGAGUGUUCCAGGAGUUCAUCAAAUUGACCAACCACGACGUGGAGCACGCCAUCAAGAAGCGGAUGUCGGGAGAUGUGAGGGACGCCUUCGUGGCUAUUGUCCGCAGUGUGAAGAACAAGCCGGCUUUCUUCGCUGACAAGCUCUACAAGUCCAUGAAGGGUGCUGGCACAGAUGAGAGGACCCUGACCCGGAUCAUGAUUUCUCGGAGCGAGAUUGACCUGUUCAACAUCCGUGGCGAAUUCAUAGACCUGUUUGACAAAUCGCUGCACCACAUGAUUGAGAAGGACACCUCUGGCGACUACCGCAAGGCUCUGCUGGUCCUGUGUGGUGGGGAGGACUAGGUGGCAGCUGGGGCCCUUUGUGUCUGAGCCAGCACACAGCCACUGCCUUGAUGUCACCGCAGCUUCGGGGGCUUCAGGGGACACUCAGUCCCCUCCAGAGAACAACUCACUUUGCGCUGGAAAGCAGCACCACAUUGCAAGCGGGGAAGUCUCGGGGAGGGGAGCAGAGGGGUCUGGGUAGGGAGAUUGUCUUGAAGCAAAAUAAUUCAUACCCGAACAUGCCACUAAACCAAGGAAUUUACCCAGAUAGAAAAGACAAUUUUAAAUCUGAUAAAUAAAACCUCACUGUUGCUGA